AUGUCUGAAAACAUAGACACAUUAUGUUUAACCAUGCUGGAGUUAGUGGCUGAAAUUCACCAGAAGAAACUGGAGCAAGAGAAACACAUGCAGGAAGGUUACUUGUGUCUGGCUAAAGCCCGAUAUUCCAUGGGUGUGGACCGCGUUUCAUCACUGCAGUACCCAAAUGAAAUCACACCCACAGUCACUAUUAGUUGCAGAAACCAACCCCCCACUUCUGCUGUGAGAAGAAGAAAAAAGACAAAAAAAGAUGAUCAUAAUGAAGCCAGACAAGCAGUAGAAGAAGUUGAUCUCUUAUCACAAGAUAAACUACAUGCACAAGUCAACCCAUUGCUUUGGUUUGGUGUUCUUGUACCUACACCAUUGCGACAAGCCCAAAAUUGUUUCAGACAAGCAACUGAAGUCAGCUGUCAGCUUUGUACUUUAAAGGAAGAAUUGAAUUACAAAACUCGUUUAUACAAAGAAGUAAUGAAGCCAACUGAGACAAAAGGAUAA